AUGCCUGCGUCUAAGAAUGAUUCGAUUAUAAUCGUGGGCGCUGGAGUCUUCGGCCUGUCCACGGCCCUAGAGCUGAAGCAGCGCGGAUAUACCAACAUCACAGUUUUGGAUCGGUACACGCCUCCGGCUGUCGACGGAAGCAGCGUGGAUAUCUCUCGCAUUAUUCGCAUCGAUUAUGCUGAUCAGGUAUAUUGCAAAAUGGCCCGUGAGGCCUACGAGGGCUGGAAAACCGAAUACUCUGACCACUACUACGAGUCGGGUUUUGCACUGCUCUCGGAGACGCCUAACAAUGACUGGAUCACUAAAUCCGCAGCCACUGUCAAGGCUAAUGGCGGUACUAUCGAAGAUCUUCCCGAUGCCACUAAACUGCUCAAGUCAUACCCGAACAUCCAGUCCAACCUGUCCGGCAUGAAUGGCUACCUCAACCGACGAGGUGGCUGGGCCAAUGCUGCGGGCAGUAUCCAGCAACUGGCCUCGCGAUGCAGCGUGGAGGGAAUCUCCAUCAUCACCGGUCCCCGCGGUACCGUUCUGUCCUUACUCAACGAGGGUUCCCGUGUCGUCGGCGUAAAUGUGCUUAGCGGUGGCCCAAUCCGUGCCUCCCAAGUUAUUCUCAGCACAGGCGCUUGGACAAGUCGACUGUUGAAUGUUGCACACGCCGCUUCAUCUUCGGGUCAACCAGUUGGCUUCAUUCAAUUGACUCAAGAUGAAGCUCGAGCCCUAGAUAACACCCCCGUUAUGAUCGAUAUGACUACCGGUGUAUUCGUCUUCCCGCCCACCCCUGGCUCUAAUAUUUUGAAGCUCGCUCGCCAUGGAUACGGCUAUGCAAACGAAACCACGACCAACAACGAUGGAAAUCGAACCAUCUCCGCUCCAAAAUUGGAGAGCAGCAAUGCACAGACCGGAUAUAUUCCAGGGGAUGCAGAUGACAGCUUGCGCGAGGGCCUGCGUCGCUUCUUCCCCAAAUUUGCUCACCGUCCCUGGUCGAACCGCCGUUUGUGCUGGUAUACAGAUACUCCCAAGGGCGACUUCAUUAUCGAUAAUCACCCGAAGUAUGACGGUCUGUUCGUGGCCACCGGUGGAGCUGGACAGUGA